CACCAUUCAGGAGAGUGAUUGUGAGGAUGGUUUUGUCUGAGAACAAGUACCACUUGGUAUUAUGUUUGUCCAUAGCCGCUCCAUGUAGGAGGAGGGGCUUGUUGCCGUGGAGACGACGGAAAUGUUGAACCCCGAAAGCAGCGAUGGAGAAGUAUGAAAAGAUUAAAGUGGUCGGGAGAGGAGCUUUCGGCAUCGUGCACCUCUGCCGCCGACGCGGCGACGGCGCGGCCGUCAUCCUCAAGGAGAUCCCCGUGGAGCAGAUGACGCGCGACGAGCGCCUCUCUGCCCAGAACGAGUGCCAGGUCCUCAAGCUGCUCAACCACCCCAACAUCAUAGAGUACUAUGAGAACUUCCUGGAGGACAAGGCCCUGAUGAUAGCCAUGGAGUAUGCGCCAGGGGGCACCCUUGCGGACUACAUCCAGAAGCGCUGCAACUCCCUGCUGGAUGAGGACACCAUCCUGCACUUCUUCGUGCAGAUCCUGCUGGCCAUGUACCACGUGCACAACAAGCUGAUCCUGCACCGCGACCUCAAGACCCAGAACAUCCUGCUGGACAAGCACCAGAUGAUCGUCAAGAUCGGAGACUUCGGCAUCUCCAAGAUCCUCGUGAGCAAGAGCAAAGCGUACACGGUGGUGGGCACUCCCUGCUACAUCUCUCCAGAACUGUGCGAGGGGAAGCCCUACAACCAGAAGAGUGACAUCUGGGCUCUGGGCUGCGUCCUGUAUGAGCUGGCCAGCCUCAAGAGAGCCUUCGAGGCCGCGAAUCUGCCCGCUCUGGUUCUGAAGAUCAUGAGCGGGACCUUCGCCCCGAUCUCGGACCGCUACAGCCCCGAGCUCAGGGGGCUGGUGCUCAACAUGCUGAACCUGGACCCCUCCAAGAGGCCCCAGCUCAACGAGAUCAUGGCCCUCCCUGUGUGCAUCCGACCGCUGCUCAACCUCUACACCGACAUAGGCAACGUCAAGAUGCGCAGAAUAGAGAAACCCCUUUCCAACGUGCAGCACGGCCCCCAUGGUAGACCGGGGGGCAGGAUCCCUGGCUCCAGGUCCCGAGACGGAGCCCUGGGGCUGGGCAUGGGCAAGGUGCACACGCUGCCCCUGUCCUCGGUCUACACCUGGGGCAGCGGCAUCGCCGCCCCGCUGCGCCUGCCCAUGCUCAACACGGAGGUGCUGCAGGUGUCCCUGGGACGCACCCAGAGGAUGGGGGUCACGCGCUCCGGCCGGCUCAUCACCUGGGAGGUCCCGUCCGUAGGUUGCGGCGAGCCCAGUCUCCCCGGCGGCAUGGAACCCAUGCAGCCUCAGUUCAUCUCCCGCUUCCUGGAGGGCCAAUCUGGGGUCACCAUCAAGUCUGUGGCCUGCGGGGACCUCUUCACCACCUGCAUGACAGACAGAGGCAUCAUCAUGACGUUUGGCAGCGGGAGCAACGGCUGCCUGGGUCACGGCAGCUUCAACGACGUCAGCCAGCCCAAGAUAGUAGAGGCCCUGCUCGGCUACGAGCUGGUGCAGGUCUCCUGUGGGGCGUCCCAUGUGCUUGCUGUGACCAAUGAGAGAGAAGUGUUCGCUUGGGGUCGAGGAGACAAUGGUCGCCUGGGGCUGGGCACCCUGGACUCCCACUCCUCCCCCCAGCAGGUGGCCGUGCCUGCGGGCUUCGAGGCCCACAAGGUGCUGUGUGCCGUGGACUGCUCCAUGAUAAUCAGCACCCAGCACAACAUUCUGGCCUGUGGGAGCAACAGGUUCAACAAGCUCGGCCUGGACCUGAUCGUGGCGGGGGAGGAGGCCCGGGCGAGCGACCAGGUGGAGGAGGUCCACGUGUUCACGGCGGUGCGGUCGGCGCCACUCAGCGUGGAGAGGAUGGUGUACGUGGACAUCGGCACCGCCCACUCCAUCGCCGUCACGGAGAAGGGCGAGUGCUUCACCUUGGGCAGUAACCAGCACGGGCAGAUGGGCUGCAGCUGGCGGCGGAACAGCAGGGUGCCCUUCCUGGUGCCCGGGCUACAGGGCAUCGCCAUGGCAGCCUGCGGCGACGCCUUCUCCCUCGCCAUCGGGUCCGACGGGGAGGUGUACACCUGGGGUAAGGGCGCGCGCGGACGCCUGGGCAGGAAAGAGGAGGACUCUGGGAUACCGAAGGCGGUGCAGCUCGACGAGAGCCACCCGUUCACGGUGACGGCGGUGGCCUGUUGUCAUGGCAACACCCUGCUGGCAGUGAAGCCCCUGCUGGAGGAACCGGUACCACGAUGAUGUCUGCUGUCUCUCAGAGCGUUGCACACCUAGCCUCCACUUCCUGCAGCACAGCCCUGGCUGUGGCGUAAGACAACAGGACGGCUCAUCACAGAAGAACCGGUCCUAAAGCCAACAUCUCUCAUUCCCCUCCCCCCCACCCGCCAAUCACACACUUCGCCUUCGGCUACGUUUCUACAGAACCCAAACAAAGAAACACGAAGGAGCCAGAUAUCUCCAACGCUCAAUCGAGUGCUUUUUCCCUCAGCCUGCUUAGGAAGCGGGUUUGGGCCGUGCGUUUCCAGAAAACGUUGGACGACGUGAGUCAGGAUCACAGGAAGUCAG